AUGGCCUCUCCUGUGGACCAAGCAUGGAGGUUUGCCCAGCGCACUGAGAAGGAACUCCUGGCGAAGCUGGCCGAGAAAGACCCCGACUUCGCAGAUAUUGAUCAGUUGACUCCGCAAUACCGUACCGCAUGUCAGAGCGUUAUCUUUCUCGAUUUUGAAUUUGCAACGAAUAAGCAAAUUGAAGGCAGGCUCUGGGAUGUACACGGUAAAAUAAACAAUCGUUUUCGCAAAUUCCUCAGCCGCUUCCGAACCGAUGAAGGGAAGAAGAAGCCUGUGGAAAAGCGUAAGACGGCAAAACGCUAUCUCGACUUUAUCAAGGAGAGCCAGCGCUUUUACAGAGGAUAUAUUCAGCAGCUUGCCACCCGUUUCGGAGGUAUCCCCGAGCUUGUGCAUGUGGCGCGCAAGUUUAACCUUGAAGGUCACGCGGGUGAUGGAUCUCACGCAACGGACCGAGUGAGACAUUUGGUGCUUUUGUCCUGUCAUCAGACUCUUGUGCGUCUCGGCGAUCUAUCAAGGUACAGAGAGACCGAGCUGGUUUCCAAAGAUCGCAACUGGGGUCCAGCUAUUGGCUACUACGACUUGGCAGGUGCAAUCUAUCCGGCCUCUGGAGCACCGCACAAUCAACUGGCCGUCAUUGCGCUCACUGAUGGAAAUCAUCUCCGCGUCGUCUACCACCUUUAUCGAGCAUUGACAGUUGAGGAGCCUUUUCCGACCGCCAAAGCAAAUCUCGAGAUUGAAUUUAAGAAGAUUCUGACCGCGUGGAGCAAGGGUGAACUCGUUGUAAAUACACCAGCACACAAUGCCAAUUCUGCACGGCAGACGCUCUUGACAUGGUUUGUUCGUCUCCAUGCAAAAUGUUACAAUGGCGUCGACUUUUCCGAGCAUGAUGAGCUCGAAAACGAAGUCCUUAGCCAAUUGGCGGUUGACUUGAAGGAGCGAUCGCUAGAGGGCGCACUUCAAAGGUUUUCGCUCAUCAAUAUUGCAGCAGAAUAUUUUGCUGGUGUACGCAUUCGAGAUGACACCAAGUCCAAUGAGAGUCUACAGGCUCUGCUCUUCUUUUUACGACUCAACGUGAAGACAUUUUUUACCUUGCUUCGAGUGCUUGAGCCAGAGCUGGAAAGAUUUAUCAGCAAUGACAAUGACGACAAUCGUGGUCAUAUCAGUGGUUCCGACAGGGUGACAGCUGUGACACGGCGCAUCCUUCCUGGCUUGAGACAUUACAGCUCUUGGCUUCGAAUCAACGCACCGAUCCUGGUUGCACAGAGUCCUGAUUCCCCCUUGGGGAUCCAAAUAAAAGAGAUGUGGAAAAUAUACGCCACGAGUCUUACCUUACUUGCCGGCACCUUUCCGGUCUCCGAACUCCCUAAUGUUGAGUACCUGUUGGAGGAAGAUGAAGAUACCGUCGGCUUUACUCCUUUCUUCUCCGAACGAGUUAGGAAGAGGUAUUACAAUGCGCAAAAUAAGAAGCCGACCAUGCACGACACUGGCGUUGAACGUUACCACCCCAAUUUAGAAAUGCUUGCACGGGUUCGAGAUCUACUGAUUGAUGGCUUGGAGCUCCAACUUGAAGAUUCAAUUCCGCUCGCGCUUGUAGAAGGCGGAAGAUUCAUUUAUCAGGAAGAGGGUAUUCCUUCAGAGGCUCUUGCCAGUCCCCGAGAAAAGCAAGCAACGCCCCCUGUCAUUCCUCUCGAUUUCCCGGAAAUUGAGCAACCGGACGGGCACAAGCUUACCACGGAUGAGGAAGAGAGCGCCGGUCUCGCGGCGAAUGAAGAAGUCGAUCCUUCUGAAUCAGCUGCCUCCAUAUCCAUGAGUACUGACAUGAACCGGAUGGUUGAUUCACUCGUCGGACCUGACCCUACUGACUCGCCUACGAACGUAUCCUCCCAUAAUCCGAGCUCACAAAACCUCUACUCCAAAAGCCACGACGCUUUCCACCAAACCGCUGGCCCCCCAACCCCGCCAGCUCAUGCCUUUCCAGAAUAUCACCAACACCCGGACGAAUCCACCACUCCAUUCGGAAAGGCUGGUCCGCUGACGGCUCGUGAGCUUGUUCAAAUGGUUCAGGCUUACUCACCGCAAUCGUCGCAGCCGCCGCAUCCUCCUCCUGGGCUUGGUACUCCUAGAGCAUCCGUGUCGAGUUACUGGCCCACCACGCCAUUGACUGCGCACCCCUCCACCGCCCCGUCACCCCAACGCCAAUUCCCCGUGCAAGGAGCAGGAUAUCAAUUUCCGCCGUGGCAGUCACAGCCUCUCCCGCGACCUUCGAGUAACGGCAUAAUGUCUAGUCCGACUAGUAUUUGGCAAAUGGACCGAUCCCAAACCCCUGCGCCGCGUCCUGGAUCGUCGGUCGCCCAUCCUAAUGGGGUUGCCACAGGACUCGGAGUUGGCAGGGACGGUGUGGGAAUCGGCAAUGGCGCAUUUUCUGGGAUGAGCGCUUUGGAUAACUUUGGCGGACGAGCCAGUAAUGCGCUUACCAGCCCUCUCUCUUUUGGCUCUGGCCAGUGGACUGUUCCCGGCCCCUUUGAGCAUGGCAUUCCGACGCCUAAUAUGGGAUUCACGCCCCCGCAUGGCCCUCGCAGUGGACAUGGAGCGGGUUGA